AUGGCCUACGUCGUGCCCAUCCACAGAGCGAGUAGCAUUCGCCACGCCUUGAAGCUCAACUUUCUCGACCCCGAAGAAGAAUCUCUUGUGGUCGCGAAAGCGAAUCGACUCGAGUUCUACACCCUCACGCCGGAUGGCCUCAGCCUCGCCGCAUCAUGCGCCGUCAAUGCCCGAGUUACCAUGUUGACGGGGCUCUCCAAACCCGCCGAUUCCCCUACAGACCACCUUUUCGUCGGCACCGAUCGCUACUCAUACUUCACAUUAUCCUGGGACGCUUCGAAACAGCAGGUUCGCACAGAACGGAAUUACGUCGACAUCUCGGACCCUUCGUCGCGGGAAUCACAAACGGGGAAUCGCUGCUUGGUGGACCCUAGCGGCCGCUUCAUGACACUGGAGAUAUACGAGGGCCUUGUGGCGGUGGUUCCGAUUGUCCAGCUCCCUGCUCGGAGGAGGGGACGGGCGCCCGCGUUGCCCUCCGGUCCGGAUGCUCCUAAGGUGGGCGAGUUGGGCGAGAUGACCACGGCUCGGAUCGAUGAGCUGUUCGUGCGGUCGUCGGCGUUCUUGCAUGUGCAGUCGGGCCCGCCACGCUUGGCGCUGCUGUACGAGGAUAAUGAGAAGAAGGUGAAGAUGAAGGUGCGCGAAUUGGAAUAUACGCCGGCCACGACGAGUACAAGUGCGGAUGCGACCCUUGCGCAUGUGGAGGAUUUCGUACAGGAGUUGGACCUUGGGGCUUCGCAUCUUAUUCCCGUGCCUGCGCCGCUGGGUGGGCUGCUCAUUCUUGGAGAGAUGUCAAUCAAAUAUAUCGAUGAUGAUAAUAAUGAGAUCAUCUCACGGUUGCUAGAUGAGGCGACGAUGUUCGUGGCUUGGGAGCAAGUGGACAGUCAGCGCUGGCUACUGGCUGAUGACUAUGGAAGACUAUUCUUCCUGAUGCUGGUCUUGGACGCCAACAAUGAAGUUCAGGAUUGGAAGCUUGACCUCCUGGGGAAGACGUCUCGGGCGUCUGCUCUGGUUUAUCUUGGCGGCGGUGUCAUAUUUGUGGCAUCUCAUCAGGGAGACUCCCAGGUUCUUCGGAUCGGCAAUGGCUCGUUUGAAGUCAUCCAGAGCUUAUCGAAUAUUGCCCCCAUCCUAGACUUCACGAUAAUGGACCUCGGGAACCGCUCUAGUGACAGUCAAACCCAUGAAUUCUCGUCUGGCCAGGCUCGGAUAGUGACGGGCUCGGGUGCCUUUGACGAUGGGACCCUUCGGAGUGUGCGCAGCGGCGUGGGAAUGGAAGAACUGGGUGUCCUUGGGGAGAUGGAGCUUAUCACUGACCUGUGGGGACUGCAGGUUGGCACAGGCGGAGAGUUCUUGGAUACGCUCCUGGUCACGUUUGUUGACGAAACACGAGUGUUCCGAUUCAGUGCCGAUGGCGAAGUCGAAGAAUUGGAACAGUUUCUGGGACUCAGUCUCGGAGAAAGCACACUACUCGCUGCCAAUCUCCCUGGUGGGCGUAUAUUGCAAGUGACAGAGCAGAGGGUUCUUAUUGCCGAUGUAGAGGGUGGCAUGGUCAUACAUGAAUGGUCUCCACCAAGCACGUCGGUAAUAACUGCUGCCUCUGCGAACGAGGAAGCAAUGGUCUUGGUCAUUGGUGGAAUCUUCGUCACUGUGUUGGAUAUUAGGAACGAGGUGCAAGUCAUUACGCAGAAAGAUUUCGGUGCCGAUAAUCAGAUUUCCGGCGUCACAGUGCCGUCAUCUCCGACAGAAGUCUGUAUUGUUGCGUUCCCUCAACAAGCGCAGAUCUCUGUUCUGAAGCUACAGGACUUGACUGAGCUGCACACUACGUCGCUUGGGCCCGCCGGUGAAGCUUUCCCACGAUCCGUCCUCGUCACGAAUGUGCUUGUCGAUAGCCCGCCGACACUCUUCAUAUCCAUGGCGGAUGGCAGCGUUAUCACCUUUUCGUUUAAUACCACCGACUACUCUUUAACUGGUGUGAACAAACUCAUCCUUGGAUCAGAACAGCCAACAUUCAAGAGGUUACCUAGAGGCGAUGGUCUGUACAACGUCUUUGCGACGUGCGAGAACCCAAGCCUGAUAUAUGGGUCAGAGGGCCGCAUUAUAUACUCCGCAGUAAACUCAGAAGGAGCCUCUCGCGUGUGUCAUUUCAGCUCGGAGGCGUAUCUUGGAUCAAUCGCCGUUGCUACACCCCGGGAGUUGAAGAUUGCGUUGAUCGACAAAGAGAGAACGACACAGAUUCAAACUCUUCCAAUCGGAGCUACUGCACGCCGAGUCGCCUACUCUCCUCCAGAGAAGGCCUUUGGUAUUGGCACCAUCGAGCGAAAGCUGGAAGAGGGGGUAGAAAUAGUCAAAAGCCAGUUUGUGCUCGCAGAUGAGAUUCUCUUCCGGCCUCUAGAUCGAUACGAUCUGCGACCAGAGGAAUUGGUCGAGAGUGUCAUUCGCGCCGAGUUCCCUGCCGGUAAAGACGAGCAUGGCCGGGAUACGUUCAAGGAUCGAUUCAUUGUGGGAACGACCUACAUGGAUGGCGAAGAGGAGGAAACCAUUCGAGGGCGAAUUCUCAUCUUCGAAGUCGAUAAUGGUCGUAAGUUGACCACAGUCGCCGAACUCCCUGUCAAAGGAGCCUGCCGCGCCUUGGCCAUGUUGGGCACAAAGAUCGUGGCUGCGCUUGUGAAAACGGUUGUGAUCUAUGACGUUGUCAGCAACAACUUCGGGGCGACCAAGCUUGAAAAAUUAGCUAGUUAUCGGACGUCAACCGCCCCGGUCGAUGUGACUGUCACAGACAACCUGAUUGUUGUUUCGGAUCUGAUGAAGAGUGUGUGUCUGGUUGAAUACAAAGAAGGCGAAAACGGUAUGCCCGAUUCGUUGACCGAGGUUGCCCGUCACUUCCAGACAGUGUGGGCCACAUGUGUUGCCUGUAUUGGCCAGGAUACGUUCCUGGAAAGUGACGCAGAGGGAAACCUAAUCGUGCUUCGACGCAACCUUAGCGGCGUCGAGGAGGACGACAAGCGCCGCUUAGAAGUGACCGGGGAAAUAUCCUUGGGUGAAAUGGUCAAUCGCAUCAGGCCUGUCAACAUCCAACAAUUGGCGAGCGUCACUGUUACUCCGAGAGCGUUCUUGGGAACGGUAAGCGAUCAUCCCUUUCCUACGCGCGACUGA